CAACGACAAGCAGCUCGUCCCCUUCUGCCGACCCCAUCUCCUCAACCCAACUCAGGUAAGAUUUUGGGCAGCUCUUUGGCCCGGCGCAGCAUUGUUGGUCGAUUUAUUCACGGACCCGGCGGUCUGCUUCUGCUGCAUUUUUUUCUCCUUCCUCUGGCUUGGUUGUUUACUCUCCCGGACCCCACCGAAAUCGACAACGAGGCGACGGCAAACGCAACCAAGGCGCGAAGCCAUCACGAGUCACCCGCCACGUCCCGAGCGGAAACGAGUUCCGGGGCACAGAAACGCGCGCAGACGGGCACGAAGUGGCUGAGCGGUAGCUCGGAGAGAUAGCUGCUGCUGCUGCUGCUAGCAGAGCCGCAACAUGACGGACGCCGGGGCGUCGUCGAUUACCGUGGCCGUCCGCGUACGGCCCUUUACCAUCAGAGAGGCAGCGCAGCUGCAAAAGACAGAUGACAGCACCGUCUUCCUUGGCGAUGGCUCGCUGGCGGGCGUGCCGACGCCCAAGCUGCACCAGCGCGGCCUGCGCAGCGUAAUCAAGGUGGUCGACGACCGCUGUCUAGUAUUCGACCCCCCCGAAGACAACCCCGUGCAGCGCUUCUCGCGAUCCGUUGUGCCCACAUCGAAAAAGGUCAAGGACCAGGUCUUCGCGUUCGACCGCGUCUUUGAUGACAACACGACGCAGACAGACGUGUACGAGGGCACGACCAAGAGCCUGCUCGACAGCGUGCUCGACGGCUACAACGCCACCGUCUUCGCCUACGGCGCCACGGGCUGCGGCAAGACGCACACCAUUACGGGCACGGCGCAGCAGCCCGGCAUCAUCUUCCUGACCAUGCAGGAGCUGUUCGAGAAGAUUGACGAGCGCAGCGCCGACAAGACGACGGAGCUCAGCCUCAGCUACCUCGAGAUCUACAACGAGACCAUCCGCGACCUGCUCGUCCCCGGCGGCAGCAAGCAGGGCCUCAUGCUGCGCGAGGACAGCAACCAGGCCGUCACCGUCUCGGGCCUGACCAGCCACCACCCCCGCGACGUCAACGAGGUCAUGGACAUGAUCGUCCAGGGAAACGAGUACCGCACCGUGUCGCCCACCGAGGCCAACGCCACCUCGUCGCGCUCCCACGCUGUCCUGCAGAUCAACGUGGCCCAAAAGGACCGCAACGCCGACGUCAGCGAGCCGCACACCAUGGCCACGCUCAGCAUCAUCGACCUGGCCGGCUCCGAGCGCGCCUCCGUCACCAAGAACCGCGGCGAGCGCCUCACCGAGGGCGCCAACAUCAACAAGUCGCUGCUCGCCCUCGGCUCCUGCAUCAACGCGCUCUGCGACCGCCGCCAGCGCGCCCACGUCCCGUACCGCAACAGCAAACUCACCCGCCUGCUCAAGUUUUCUCUCGGCGGCAACUGCAAGACGGUCAUGAUUGUGUGCGUCUCGCCGUCGAGCGCCCACUUCGACGAGACCCAGAACACGCUCCGCUACGCCAACCGCGCCAAGAACAUCCAGACAAAGGUCACCCGCAACGUCUUCAACGUCAAUCGCCACGUCAAGGACUUCCUUGUCAAGAUCGACGAGCAGAUGGCCCUCAUCAAGGAGCUCAAGGCGCAGCAAAAGGAUGCCGAGAACACCUUCUUCGCCAAGUUCCGCAAGCAGUGUGACAAGCGCCAUCUCGUCGUCCGCGAGGGCAUGCAGCGGCUGCGCGCCGCCUACGACAACUCGGCACCCGAGCGCCAGGAGCGCAUCAACAGCAUGCGGAAGCUCAAAAUCUUUGAACGCCGCAUCGGCCUGCUCUCGGGCUGGAUCGCCGCCUUCGACGCCAUAUGCGAUCAGCGCGGCGGUGACGACGACAUGAUGCCGGAGAGCCUUGCCGCCAUCAGGAAGACUGCCCAGGGCAUCCUCGUCGAGCUCGAGAACAGCCGCCAGCACAUCCACCAGAAGCUGGAAAAGGCGACGUGGGAGCGGGCCAUCGACACGGCCCUGACGCACAGCCUCGGCCAGCUCGAAGGCACCGAGGGCGCCGACAUGGGCGAAGGCGCGAGCUUGGAGCGCGAGGCGGAGCUGCUCAAGGCCGGGUUCAACCGCGAAGCGUAUCGCGAGGUCUUGGAGCAGGAGAAGGCGGGCGACGCGGCCAUGGUGCAGAUGCUGCUGACGGCACAGUUCGACAUGCUGGCCUCGCUGUCCGAUACGCUGGUUAUGAAUGAGGAGAGCGCGGUGGCGCACGCCAAGGAGAUCAUCAACCGGCUGCUGCAGACGGGAUACACGGCCGCCUCGCAAGUCGUCAAGCCCGACGGGACGCUGCCGGCCGUGGUCGAGGCGUUCCCACCCACGCGCAGGGGCACACCAAAGCGCAAGAAGGCAGCCGCGGCGUCGUACGUCAAGCCCCUGGCGGCGCCAGCACUGGCCGCCGUCGUCGCCAACGAGCAUGUGUUUGCGAGCCCCUUGAAGACGUCGCCGAGGAGGCGUAAGGCCCUGGGCAGCGUCAAGAAGGGAGUGAGCUUCACGCCGUCCAAGAAGAGCAAGCGCGGUGUCCGGUGGAGAGACGACGAAAGCGAGGACGGCACCUUGGCCGACUUUGCAAAGACGCCGCAAAAGUACGAGUCCCCCGAUAAGCAGCCGUCGCCAGAGAAGAUGGCCCCUACGCCCCCGCCGGUGGUGGUGCCCGCACAUCUGUCCGACGAGCCGACGACCAACGGCGACUCCAGCCCCAGCCUCGAGAUCCCGGAAGCCUCGAGCCUCGCCAACAAACCUAGCAGGUUUCAGACGGGCUUCCUGUCCAAGUCGAGGAUCCCCAGCCAGUCGGGAUCCCCGCUGCCAUCGCCGCCGACGCUCAGCCUCAACUUGUCAUCAGGCUCGCCGCAGCAGGAGAGGGCGUCGCCGCUGCGGACACUGGACGCCGAUAAGGCCGGCAACCUGUCUCCGCCGGCGGCGUCGUCGUUGCCAGCACAGCGAACCAAGCUGAGCCCCCGCCUGCCGCGACCGAUUGUCCUCGACGAGAACACGCCCCUGGCCAGCACCUCGGAGACGGGCUCCGACUCGGAGUGCAGCAUCGACCCCCGCAAGCUCCGCAGCGCGAUGCACUCGGCCAAGAAGGAAAAGGCCCGUCGGGCUAGCAUCUUGACGGCCACGACCGCCUCGGGCGCCAAACGGGUGUCGUCGUUUGGGUCGGCCACGGGCGUGGCGCCGAGGCCCAGCCUCCCCGCCGCGGCGCUGGCCAGCAGCACCAACGGCAUCUCACGGCACCGGCGCGGCAGCCUCGAGCGCAGGAGGAGUCCGCCGCUGGCGUGCUCGCCCUCGGACGCCGCCCCGGAGCGCAGCCUCACGGCCGGCCAGGCGCGGCGGAUGAACAUGGGCGGCAGCGUGCGCCUCGACAAGACGGCCGCGAGGGAAGAGGCCGCCUGGAGCCCCGAGGCGAGGCGCGUGACGUAUAGCAUCGGGCAGCAGCACCAGCCGGGAGGAGGGCACAGGCGGCUGGAAAGCCGGGGCGCUGUGUGGCGAUGAGAUGGGGAGUCUGUCUGUCAGCCUAGGCAUCGCUUGUGCCUCGACUGCCGCGGGAGGGGCCCUACGGCGUUUUCUUGUACAUGUCACAUAUCUGCUGCUGGCUUGAAGCAGGGCUCGCGGCACAUUGGGUUUGGUUUGGUUUUGCUGCUGACGCAGGCAGUCAGUCAGUCACCUGGCUCUGACUGCGUCUUUGUCCCAUCUCACCGAGGAGGGACGGUUCACUACGGGGUCGUUGAGAGAGAUGAGGGGCGGACAUGGAAUGGGGCCGGCAACAUGCAUCACUCGGCGCCUUGCUAGUUUGGCCCCCCCUCCCCCAUCUCCUCCCCGAGCAGGAUGAUGCCCGCUCAGCCUCUGGUGUUUUUCCUUUUCGUCUGUUUGCGCAUUUCCGGGUUGCGCUUCGACCAGGGGGUUGGCUUAGCUGCAUGGUGCUUGCGUGCGCGGAGGGAUGCGUGUGCCUUGUUUAGCCUGCGGGCUGCGCUAGAGGUUCUAGAACGGACUUUCUUUGUCUUUGCAUUGUGUAUGGAUAAUGAGAAGAGUAUCGAUGCACCCGCCUUGACUUG